AUGGCGUGCAGUGCCUCAACUUGCCAGUCAAAUUGCUACAAAGACCAACCAGAUGAACAUGACCCAGAUACCAAUUCAGUUGCCAACAGAAACAUCAGCAAUGGUCUCUGCCUCAAGUGCAAGACCAACCCUCCCAUCUCCUCCUCCGCCGACGACUCCCGCUUCUGCUCCGAAUGCUUCCGCGCCAACCUCUUCGGCAAGUUCCGCUUCGCUGUCACCUCCAACGCCAUGAUUUCUCCCUCCGAUAACGUCCUCCUCGCCUUCUCCGGCGGCCCUUCUUCCAGGGUUGCUCUAGAGUUUGUACACGAGAUGCACAGCAAAGCGCAGAAGAAUUUUGAUGCCAGUAGGGACAGGUCAUUACCGGUUUUCGGAGUUGGAGUUGCUUUCAUUGAUGAGGCUAGUGUUUAUUCUUCUCCAUCCAAUGAACUAUACAAAGCAAUUCAAGAGAUUACAGCUAUUGUGGAGGAGCUAGCCCCGCCCGCGAAACAGUUGUAUGUUGUGCCCAUUGAGAGUGUUUACUCUUCAGAGUGUGGUGAUGGAAGGGAGAGGCUGAAGAGGUUACUAGAUGCUGUUACUGACCCCACUGGAAAAGAAGAUCUUUUACUGCAUCUCCGGAUGUUGGCCUUGCAGAAGAUUGCCUCGGAGAAUGGAUACAACAGAAUUCUACUGGGAUCAUGCAUAUCGAGGAUUGCUUGCCAUGUUAUCACAGCCACUGUGAAGGGACAAGGAUAUUCGCUACCAGCAGAUAUACAGUAUGUAGAUUCAAGGUGGGAAAUCCCAGUAUUGCUUCCUCUUCGUGAUUGUCUUGCACAAGAGCUGAACAUGCUUUGCCGCCUUGAGGGUCUAAAAACUGUUGAGUUGAUAAGAAGUCCUGGCACCGGCAUUAACGGGUUGGUUUUGUCAUUCGUGUCACUCUUGCAGGAAGAAAAUCCUUCUCGAGAGAGCACAAUUGUGAGAACAGCUGGAAAGCUUAUCCCAUUUCAUUUCAACAGAAUUCAAGAGAUCGAUGAUUCUAAUGUCCCUUUGGCAACUCGAAGGCGCCAAAAGAGAUAUAAUCUUAAACCGAAUGAAUGUUUUUCUUCAGAGUCAUUCUGCUUUAUCUGCAAUGGCCCCCUCAGCAAAUCUGAUUUGCUAAGUUUGCGCAAUCUUGGUCAAUGCCAAACAAGUCCUGACACUUUUGGUGCUGCCUGCUGUUCGAGCUGCCGGUUUCAGAUACUUCCCCAGGACCCUUCGUUACUGGAUCAAUUUUCUGCAGAUUUACCUCAGCAGCUGGUUGCUCGAGCAAAGCUUGACAACCUUGACAAUUACCGUAUGCUCAGGGAACAAAUACAAGAUUGCUUGCUUUCAGAAGGCGAAGAUGAAACCUGAGUUGGCUCACACAUGCUGGGGUUAUGGUCCCCUUAAGGCACCGCAGACACUGUUAUUCUUCUCGCUUGGUCAGACAAUUUUGAAAGGAUAGCUGAGUUUUACUCGAGGCAGUGAAAAAGAAUUGCAGACACCAACGUUAGUCUCCAUAAUCUUGAUGACGAGAUUUACAUUGGAAAGAUAAUAAGUUUAACUCUGCCUGGCUUGCAAAUUAUUUGAUUAUUGUGCUUGAUAAAACAAAGAACAUGCAACACAUUGUACUAUUAAUAUUACAAAGAAAU